CAAGAAGUGGCGUCAGAGGAAAACAUCUGCAUAUGCGGAAGUGUCACUCUACGCGUGUUUCCUGCGAUGUGUUGUGUGUGAUAGGGAAUUUGUUCAUUUGUUUGUGAUAUCGGUGCUCUACAUGGAUAAACUAGGUCGAAUUUAUGAGCGUUAUCAGGAGUAUGUGAGGUCGAACCCUGCAGCCGCGUCUCACCUGGAGAGCAGUGUUCGCGCGCUGAGUUACCUGAUCGCAGGUCGCUUCUCAGCCUCUCAUGAAAUCUCCGAGUUGGUCUACUCCGCAUCUAACCUUCUAGUGCUGCUGAACGAUGGUAUCUUGAGGAAGAAUCUCUCCAGGACUUUGCCUAAGUCUCUCUCUCAACAGAGGCUGUUAACCUGGUUGUCUGUACUGGAAUAUGUGGAGGUUUUCACAGAGAUGGGAGCCGCUAAGCUUUGGGGAGAAGCUGGACGCUGGCUAGUUAUUGUUCUUAUUCAGGUUGCCAAAGCGAUCCUGCGUUGUCUCCUGCUUUUCUGGUACAGAUCAGGCAUCCAGACGUCACCACCUUUAAUUCCUCUGGACAGGGAUUCUCUGCUCUCUAGUCAUGAUAACAGUGCUGAAGAAGAAGAUGAGGACACUUCGGUCGUGGGCCAGCGUUCAGGAAGAGUGGUGAGACCACUGGGAAGCGCACCGUCAUUGCAGUCUCUUCUUUGGGGUCUCCCUCGGAAAAACAAAAGAAGUAGGGAUGGAGAAGAGGAGCUCCAGUCAAGCCCCACACCUCUGGGUCUGCAGGAAACCAUCGCAGAGUCUCUGUACAUCGCUAGACCGCUUGUGCAUUUGGCCAGUUUGGGGAUUUGUGGAAAACGUUCCUGGAAACCUUGGAUCAUCUCUGGUCUCUUAGAGAUUACCAGUUUCAGUUUGUUGAGCGACAUCAAGACGCUGAACCGCAGAGAGAGGGCUGAGAUGAGGAGACGGGCCUUCCUUCUCCUCUACUACCUGCUCCGCUCCCCCUUCUAUGACCGAUACUCUGAGACGAAGAUCCUCUUCCUUCUUCGCUUCUUGGCAGAUUAUGUUCCCGGAGUCGGUUUGGUUGCGCGUCCACUGAUGGAGUACUUGCCCAUUUGGCAGAAGAUCUACUUUUAUAACUGGGGCUGACAUCAAAGUGAAUCUUUCACAGGUCAGCGCUGCCAAAAUGUUUGCAGAAUGAGAGGAAGCUAUUUAGAGGAUGCGAGAGCGACACUCGAGGACUCACAUCACACCUGUGCCAGAACAUUACCACAUUUAUUGAGGAGUUACAGGUACACUGCUGGCGUAUGAGAAUAUGCAUCUGGAUAAUGAUCCUCCGAAUGCUGUUUUUGUUUAUCUUUUAGCUUUCGCAAUUUUAUGCAUCUGAGCCACAUUUUUUUUGCACUUAUAAACAUCUGUUAUUGAAUGAGUUUUGGCCAGACUUCAAGCUCUCCUGUCCCAUAAUCUAUCCCUCAACACGAAUGCCUUCCUUUUAAUUUAGAUGUUUAUUUCCAAGGAGGAUAGUUUUAUUGAAUGCAUUACUUGACUGGCUGAAAUGAAGUCAAUUAGACGGAUGUUUGGUUUUUUGUUCGUUCUGAUUUGUGCCAAAGAUGAAAUGAAGCUGAAUGUGAUGCUUUUAAUUGUAGCUACUGUACAAUGAAAUGAUUCAUCAAAUAGGUAUAAAGGUCCCUGUGGUUUAUUAUUAUUAUUAUUAUUAUUAUUAUUAUUUUGUGAAGGCCUGCCCCAUCUAACUAUUAGUAAAAUUAAUGAAUAAUAAUUUAGCUGUAAAUAAAAUUAUCCACAUGAUGACCUUUCACCUGAUGAUUAUUAAAUUAUUAUUAAUUUACAAGAACGAUAUGAAGAGUGCAUGUACAGCUGUUGUUUAUAUUGCUGUGUGUAGCCUGUGGAAGUAACAUUUCAAUUCAAUAUUUUCCUAAUGACAAUUUAAAUUGGUUUAUAACAACCUUUUCCCAUUUUUAUCACAGAAUAAGUCAGAAAAAAUAUCUUAUAGUAUCUAUACUAAAUAAUACGUCAAUCAGUAGUGCAUUAUUCAGAUAGUUUAUUUAUUUAUUACCUGGAGAUCAUUUGGAAAAACACGCAUAAACCAUAUAUUUUCACAAUCGUGUUUUUAUUGUCUUAACGUUUCAUCCGUAACGUUUCUGCUUUUCAUUCAGCUCAGCUACAGCGAUAGCCUGUUGCUUUUGUCCAUUGUAGGGAUUUCCUGCACAUCCUAAGUUAUUACUUUUAUGAGUCUGUUUUGGACGUUUUGCGUGAGAGCGCCCUCUGGCUUUGAGUAUGAAUAAAACAUGCACUGCAUGAGAGAGUUCUGCGCUCCUGAUAUUCACAUCUCCACAUUUUGGAUACAAAUAAAAUGUCAGGUAACGCAUCGAUACUGUCUCUUAGAAUUUAAAUCUAAAAAUCCUCUACGUGAACACACCUGUCCAAAUAAAGUGAAGGGGACAAAUUUACAUUUUAUUAAAAUGAAAUAUUUAUUAAAUAUUAAACAUGCAGCUAUCGUUGUUCUACACACAGCAAUAUAAACAAAGGUGCCUGUUCUCUUCUGUUCUUGCUGUUUGAUUGAGAAAAGUUUGAAAUGGCGUCGAGGGAUCUUGUCUAAAAACUCUCCAUACUUUCAACUUAUUAUUACAGUAUUUUUAAAUUGAAAUACAAUGUUUAAUUAAUGUAAUUAUCACAGCACUGACUAAACAGUCUUAUACUGAUUUUCUCAUCCUCCGAAUUAUACUUAUCAAUCCUGUUUUUAGUGUCAUUAUCAUUCAAAAAAAUGAAUAAAACCAGAACAGGAUUAGAAGAGAAUUCUAUUUUAAAUAAGAUAGAAAUAUUUUUCUGCAACAACAACAGUACUGUUUACAACAGCAAAACCACCAUAAACUCUAAUAAUAAUAUAAUUCAGUUACGAAUUCCAGAGUAAUUAAGAUGUGCAAAGAAAAAAUUAUUUAACUUUUAACCUUAAAAUGGUCUUUUCUGUUCUUUUUAUUUUUUUAAAAAUGCAUCACAGCAUUUGCUGCCGUAUCAAUACAGAAUCAUCGGUUUCAAUACACAUAGCAUCAAGGAGCACAGCCCUAGUGAAAGCCAUGCUCCUUUUAUACUUUGAGCACCUGCCCCUCCAAAUGUUUCUGCACGGCCCUGAUUAUGUGUGAAAUAAACUCAUCUGAGUUUCUGUUUUAAAACCCAUCGUUAUUUUGAUUGAAAGACCCGAAGCAAAAAUGUUUUGAAAUGCUGCAAGUGUGGAUAAUUGGUUAUGUAUAUACAUCUAUGCAUUUAAUAAAUCUUUAAAUAAUAAGA